AUAAAGUACUAGUAGAGGCAUUAGCUUAGUUAUUUGUGUCCAGCGUUGUCUCCUGUUGGUGUCUUUGAAUAACCUGCAGCCAUGUCGGACACCACUCUUUACGUGGAUCUCUUGUCUCAGCCCUGCCGUUCAGUCUUCAUAUUUGCCAAGGUCAAUAACCUACCAGUCCAGUUUCGUCAGAUUAGUCUCUUCAAAGGAGAGCACCUAUCAGAAGAAUUUGGUAAAGUGAAUUCUUUAAACAAAGUGCCAGCUCUGAAAGAAGGAGAUUUUACAAUGGCUGAAAGUACUGCAAUCCUUCUGUACCUGGCUCGUAAAUUUAAUACCCCCGAUCACUGGUACCCGUCAGACUUACAGAAGCGCGCUCUUGUCGAUGAAUACCUUGCCUGGCAGCACACUAACACACGUCCCCAUGGGUCAAAGGUCUUUUGGUUAAAGGCUAUGACACCAGCGAUCCUAGGCCAUGAGUGCGACCCAGCAAAGCUGGCACCCAUCCUUGCAGAUUUCAACACCAGUAUGACAAGCCUAGAGGAGAAAUUUCUGCAGGGCAAACCUUUCAUUGCUGGUGAUGAGAUAUCCCUGGCAGAUUUGGUGGCCAUUGUAGAAAUCAUGCAGCCGGUGGCAAGUGGAGUGGAGGUGUUUGAAGAACGACCAAAGCUAGCGGCCUGGAAGCAGCGUGUGGUGGAAGCGCUGGGAGAAGACCUGUUCAAAGAGGCCCAUGAUGGCAUCCAUAAGGAUAAACCAAAGAUGUCGUUCCCUCCUGAACUUCUGGCGCGUCUUAAAGUCAGACUGGAAAUGUUAUCUCGCUAAUUUCAGCUCUGACAUUUUUCCACGUGUUUUUAGUGUUUAACCCUAUGUACUAGUGGAAUUUUAUAUUGCUGAUAAUUACAUUUGUAUUCCAUUAAAAGAAAAAAACAAUAUACACAAAAACAAGCAGAUUGUUUAUUUGUAAAAACAAAGAUGGGUUUAUUCAAUAUCAUCCAAUGAUAAAGGUAAAGUAAAAUAGUGUGCCCAAAAGGUAGAUUGUGAUCAACUUUGAAUCUUUACUGAUCAAUAAAUAACAAGAAUGUUACAUAA